AUGGCGAAUUGGAAGCUCCAAAAGGUCGUAAUUCUGGGAAGCUACGUCGUCAGUCGCUCCUGCCUGUGCCUGACCGAAAAGCAAUCCAGAAACCAAUGGCGGGGCUACCGCGGGGCACUUUUCAGGCCUAACAAUUCAGGCGGUGUGCUUCAAGCAACUGUCAGGGACGAGUGA